AUGCCUAUCUGUUACAAGAGGAGCUUAUUACAACAUUGUUGGAAGGUAGGCAAGAGAACAGUUAGCAAUAUGUCAUCCAAUUUGGCGGGCUCGAAAGGUGUGCAACCGCCAUGGCAAAAGCCUAGCAGUAUCGGACAACAGCCGGUGUUGAAAUUAUACAAUAGUAUGACGAGAAAUAAGGAAGAGUUUCUUCCUAUUUCAGGCGGGAAGUACGUAACCUGGUAUUCGUGCGGUCCCACUGUAUAUGACUCAUCUCAUAUGGGCCAUGCCAGAAACUAUGUGUCGAUUGAUAUCAACCGUCGUAUUAUGCAAGAUUACUUCGGUUUCAAUGUCGAAUUCGUGCAAAACGUAACCGACAUUGACGAUAAGAUCAUUAUUAGAGCACGUCAAAAUUACGUUUAUGAAAGAUUCGUGACUGAAAAUCCCUCCGUUACUUCGGAGAUUCGUGAAAAGGGUAGGUUAGCCGCCUUUAAAUACAUUCGCAAUAAUUUGAAACAGGAGUUUUCCACAGUCGAUCAGUACACUUCGUGGUUUGACGCAUUGGAUGUUCCUAAGGAAAGGGAGUCAAACCCAAAGUUUGGCAUGCAUACUAUGUGCGUUCAAAAUGCUUUUGACGCCCUCAAGUGUGGUGAUGACUCAGAUUCAUUUUACCAAAAGAUCAAAGAUGUGUUGACUCCCGUCCUAGAUGAAGAAUUUGGUGGUGGACUAAACGAUCCUGAAAUUUUCCGUAAGCUCCCAGCGUAUUGGGAGAGGGAAUUUAAUAAAGACAUGGCUGCUUUGAAUGUCUUGCCACCUACAAUCACUACUAGGGUCUCAGAAUAUGUUCCUGAAAUUGUCGAGUUUGUCAAGAAGAUUGUCGAUAAUGGAUAUGCUUAUGCGGCUAAGGACGGUUCAGUUUACUUCGAUACGGCGAAGUUUGAUAAAUCUGAUAAACAUGAAUACGCUAAAUGUCAACCUUGGAACAAGGGCCAACUUGAUUUGAUCAACGAUGCAGAAGGUUCUUUAAGUGACUUUUCUUCUUUUAAUGGAAAGCGGUCCCCGAAUGAUUUUGCUCUUUGGAAAGCAUCGAAACCCGGCGAGCCUGAAUGGGAAUCACCUUGGGGCAAGGGACGUCCCGGAUGGCAUAUUGAGUGUUCCGUAAUGGCCAGCGAUGUCCUUGGUUCCAAUAUCGAUAUUCAUACAGGAGGUAUUGAUCUAGCAUUCCCACACCAUGAUAAUGAACUUGCUCAGUCGGAAGCAUGCUUCGAUAAUUAUCAGUGGGUAAACUACUUUCUACAUACCGGUCACCUGCAUAUCGAGGGCCAGAAGAUGUCUAAGAGCUUAAAAAACUUCAUCACUAUCAAUGAAGCUUUAUCGAAAUUUUCUUCGCGCCAACUAAGAUUAACAUUUUGCUCUGCUCAAUGGAACAAUCAGCUAGAUUUCAAAGAAAGUCUACUAGUUGAGGUCAAAUCUUUGGAGCAAACCUUUAACAACUUCUUCAAGAACGUUCGUGCCAUGAAUACCGACAUAAUUCACAAAGAAGCGUCUGGGGAUUAUGUUUCGAAGAAGUUUGGCAUGAAAGAAAGGGAGCUUGUCAAUGAUCUAAAAGUAUACCAGAAUAAGGUCCACGAGGCCUUUUGCGAUAAUUUGUCAACUCCCGUUGCUUUGAAGGCAUUGAGCGAAUUGGUCACUCGAGCUAACUUAUAUGUCACUUCUGCUGGUUCAAGUUUGAAGAUCGAGCCUUUGGUUGCCGUUGUUAGAUAUGUUACUAAAAUUAUUGACGUGCUGGGCUUCCCAAUCCGUCAGGACGGUCUUGGAUGGCUUGAUGAAGGCAGCGCGAGCCAAAAGGCUCAUGGUAAUCGCGAGGAAUUAUUGAUGCCAUACGUUAAGUGUCUGUCGAACUUUAGAGAUGAAGUUCGUCGGUUAGCGAUUGAAAAGGCAGACAACUCAUCAUUUUUGAAGCUAACAGACAAAAUAAGAGACCAAGAAAUUUUGGAUUUAAACAUAUCGAUCGAUGAUAGAAAUGAUCAAGCGUCCUUGGUUAAAUUCUUGAGUGACGAGGAGAAGGCUGAAUAUAAGAAACUUAUAGCCGAAAAGGAUUUACGCAUCAAGGGGAAAGAAGCUAAAAAGCUUGAACAAUCUCGUUUGAGAGAGGCCAAAGAGGCGGAAAGAAGGAAAAAGGCCGAGGUUUCUCCCGAGCAAAUGUUCCUCAAUCAAGAAUUAUACUCAGAGUGGGACCAGAACGGUUUACCUUUAAAGAAUAAAGACGGUUCUGAUGUCACGAAGUCGAUGCUAAAAAAGCUGAAGAAGCAAUGGGAUGCGCAGAAAAAACUUCACGAUGAAUUUUUCGGUUGA